GCAAUCGGCAGGAAUAAUUGGUCGCAGAAGUGAAAAAUAGAAUUAUAAAUGAUAACGACCCAUCGCUCAUUUUUUUACGGCAAUUCCUCAAGAAUCUGUUGGGACAUUGGGACGCUGAGAACCAGGACGCUGAGCUGCGACUGAGCGACCGAUUGUGUAAGUUGUGUCACCAGUGACACCGCUCUGACAGCCGGGCCGCCGGUGGGUGACACCGCUGUGUCACCAUGUCGCUGGUCGACGCCAGCUGCCCGGUGGAAGUGCAGGACUUCCGGUUCCUGCAGCUGAAGCCGGCCUCGUUUGAGGAGAAGCCCGCAUUCGCGGCCAAACAUAGCUCCUGCCUGGCCGCCUGCAACAAGUAUGGCCUGCUCUUCGUCGCCCUCGGGAAAACCGUCAAAGCUGUCCGUCUGGCCGACCUGACGGCGCCGGAGCGCGACCCGUCCGCGCCGCCGCCGGUGGCCGGCCGCGCCACGCUCGCCGCCGAUGUGACGCACGUGGCACUCAGCGGCGAUCAGCUGACGCUCCUGGUGGCCACCACGCGCCAAAACUGCGCGCACGGCUACCUGUAUGAUGUGCGCGCCUUCGCGGCGGACCAGGAGGUGCGUCCGUUCGCCGAGCUGCGUCUGUCUGCCGAGCCGGCCGACCCGCCGCUGGAGCUGCUCUGGAACCCCGUCCAGGCCGACCUGGUCGCCGUGGUGUUCCAGUCGGGCUCGCUGGCGCUGUUCCAGGUGGCCGCCGACACGGGAGCGGUGACCGUGCACCGCUUGCCGGCCGCCAUCGGCGUCAGGUGCGGCUGCUGGAGCCGGAAGGGCAAGCAGCUGGUGGUGGGCCGCCGGGACGGCCGGCUGACCCAGCUGCGGCCCGACCUGAGCGAGGCGCGCUCGAUCGCCGCGCCGCCGCUGGCCGACCAGCCGGCGCCGCCAGAGGCCGUCUCCGUCAGCUGGCUCAACACGUACGAGUUCAUGGCGGGCUAUCUGGCCGCUGGCGACUGCCAGCCGCAGCUGGUGCACGUGAGCGCGCCCAAACAGGGCGCCGCCACCUACUCGGCCUUCCAGGACGUGUGUUUCGGCUCUGGCGAGGAGCGCCGGCCGCUGUACUACCUGCACUACGUGGCCGAGUGGUCGGUGGUGCUGGCCGCCUCCAGCUGCUCGCUGGAGGUGGCGGUGCUGGGAGCUGCGGCGGCGACUGACGGCGGCUGGCUGCCCUGGCUGCUGGAGGGGGACGCGCGCGCUGAGCUGCCGCUGGCCGACGGACGGGAGCUGUUCCCGACCGGCCUGGCCGUGAGCAGCUGCAGCCAGCGGCCGGUGCCCUGGGGCGAGAGCUCGCAGCUGCCGCCGGCACCCACCCUGCACCUUCUGACCGACACCGGACUGCUCUGCUCCUACCACCUGAUCAACCUGAAGGACGGAGCGCCGGCCGUCACCGAGCCGCCCCAGGAGGCCAUAGCCUCGGAGGCUCGCGUUGCCCGCCAGCCGAUAGUGAUGGAGACGCCAGCCGCUGCCGCCCCGGCGGCGGCCGCCGCGGCUGUCUCCUCUGCUCCAGCGAGCGGAGGAUUCUCGACCUUCGGAGCUGCCCCCGCCUCCUCCGCCGGAGGGUUUUCCUUUGGAGCUGCUCCAGCCCUCUCGGGAGGCCUAUCGCUUGGAACUGCCUCGGCCGCCUCUAAGGGAGGGUUGUCCUUCGGGGCCGCCGCAACCUCAACAACAGGAGGACUCUCUUUUGGAGCUGCUGCCUCAGCCGCAUCCAAGGGAGGACUCCCAUUCGGGACCACCGCCCCGUCGUCUACGGGAGGACUCUCUUUUGGAGCCGCGCCAGCCUCCAAGGGAGGAGGGUUCUCCUUCGGAGCCGCUGCGCCAGCGUCGUCCGCCGGUGGCCUGUCUUUGAGCGGCGGCGCCGCGGCCGCCUCUGUCGGAGCGCCCUCGUUCGGCGCCGCGACCUCAGUUGCGUCCACGUCCGCCGGCGCUGCCCCGGUGUCUGCCAGCGCUGCGCGGCCGGCCGAACGGAAACCGGUGCUUCCUACCACCCCUGCCGCACCGGCGGACGCCAAACCGGCCGCCGCCGCCUCGCGGAAGAACCUGGCACAACAGUUCAGUCAGCUGUCACAGGAGAAGCCCCAGACGGCGGCGCCAGCAGCGGCGACCCCGUCCACGUCCACCCCGGGCGCGGAGAGUACUCUCGGGGAGACCCAGCAGGCGCUGGACCGCGCGCUGGACGCCGAGCUAGACGCACUGAGGAAGGAGCUGGCCGCCGCCCGCCAGCAGGCCAACUCGUUCUCUGUCGACCUGGGAGACCCCACCGAGCUGUCGUCGCUGCGCCAGCGGUGCGCGGAGCUGGGUCAGCUGUGCUCCGAGCUGCGCCGGCUCACCGGCGAGGUGACGGGCGGCGCCGAGCAGCUGACCACCGCUACUCUGGAGCUGGCCACGACAGUGGAGGAGGCGCGCGCGCUACAGCAGCGUUCCCGGGAUCCGCGCCUGGCCAGUCUGCUGCGGAUGCGCCCGCUGGAGCCGGGCGUGGCGCGUCAGAUGGCGGCCAUCCGAGCCAGCUGGCAGUACAUCGACAGCCAGCUGACGGCCGCUGGCCUGGUGCUGGACCAGCGCUGGGCCGAGUACCAGCAGAGCCGCAAACUCAGCCGGCCGGGGUGGCGUUCGCUGCGGAUGGACAGCUGCGCCAUCCACCGGCUGUUGGUCAACAACCGACAGACGAUCCUGCGGCUGCAGAACAGCGUCUCCCGGCUGGCCAGCGCGCUGGAGGGGCUCCGGCUGCCCUGCGUGCCCGCCCCCGGACACGCCGAAUGGUCGGCCGACGUCAGCCGGCUGGGCGACCAGCUGGCGGCCGCCGAGCUGACAGUAGCCGGGCCGGCGCCGCGGCGCGCCCCGCUCACGCCCGCCCGCCGGGACCGGCUGCGCGCCGCGCUGGGUGAGCGCCGGCAGACGCCCGUGCGGCGCAGCUCGCCCGGUCCGGCCCGCUCCCGGCUGCUGGCCACGCCGCUGCUCUCCGCGCCGCCCGCCGCCGGCCGCCGCACCCAGCCGCAGUACGAGGACAUCAGUCCGGUGGGCACCCCGCCCGGGUCACCGCCGCCGAGCGCCAGCGGCGUCCGAGACAAGGCGCCGGCGUCGGCACCGGUGCAGCCUCGGAGCGCCGCCGCGCCGGAGGAGCCCCGAGAUGUCAGCGCCAGCUCCGCCGGUCUGUCGUUCAGCGUUCCCACGGGAGGCGGGCUCACCAGCACUCCGCUGAAGCCCCCGGGUGCCGCCGGCGCGGCGCAGAAAUCGGCCGCAGCCGUGGCUGGCGCUGUCCCGGCGUUCUCCUUUGGAGCUGCAGCCACAGCCAGUGGGGGAACUCCGGGGCCGACGGCGGCGAGCGCUGCCCCCAGCGCUGUGACCCUGGGGCUCGGCGGCCGGCCGGCCAGUGUCAGCUCGCUCGGGAGGACCAGCGGCGGCACACUGACGACGGCCCCGGGCAGCAGCCUCUUUGGCGGCAGCGGUGGGCUGUUUGGCACGCCGGCGACAGCAGCGGGCGGCAGCGCGGCUCCCAGUCUCAGCAUCUUCAAAGUGACGCCCUCCGCCGCCCCACCGAGCAGUGCCGCGGCUGACACACCGGCCUUUUCUGCUGCUCCAGUGAAGACUGAGCCCGUCGCCUCCACCCCCAGCUCUGCGUCCGCACAGCCGACCAGCGGCGCCGCCUCGUCGGCCUCUGGCGGCUCACUGCUCUCCAAACUGAUCUCGGCACCCGUCAGCGGCGGCUUUACCGGCAGUGGCGGCGGCUUUUCGUUCGGACUGAGCUCCGGGUCCAGUCCCUUCGCCGCCGCCGCCGCCGCCGCCGCCACCAAGCCGUCCAGUGGAUUUGGAACAACGGCUGCCACUCCCAGUGGAGGAGGUUUCACGUUCGGGGUGGCUGCAGGCGCGGCCAAGACGACGCCGGCAUCUAGCGCCGUCUCUGGCUCUACGACUACCACCGCGGCCACGAGCACCACCGCCAGUGUAUCCGACACUCCGACAAGCGCCGCUUCCUCACCGGCCGCCUCGGCUUCCAGCGGCCUCAGCGGCGCCGUCGGAAGCCCACCGAGUUCGGCCGCCGCCUCCAGCCCAGCUACCACAGCCGCCGCGCCGGCGUCCACUGCCAGCCCGUUCGGAGCCAAGGCGCCGUCCGCAGGUCCGUCCGGAUCGACCACCUCAGCCACGGGCUCACCCAGCAUCUUUGGAGCCGCGACAGCCGCCACCAGCAGCUCUGGCAGCCUGUUCGGGGCUGCUGCUGCUGGCACAAGCUCGGGCAGUUUGUUUGGAGCUGCUGUUAGUGCGGCGGGUAAAGGCUCGGGUAGCAUUUUCGGGACACCCACCUCUACCGCUACGACAAGCGCAACUGGUCUGUUUGCAGCCCCUGCUGCCACUACUGCUGCUGCAACUUCAGGUAGUCUCUUCGGAACGACCGCCUCCACUGCCACUACCAGUUCGGGUGUUUUGUUUGGAGCCCCUGCUUCCACUUCUGCCGCAACUUCAGGCAGUGUGUUUGGGGCACCUUCCACAACUGCUGCCACAAGUUCGGGUGGUCUGUUCGGAGCUACUACAACUUCUGCUACCACAAGCUCAAGCGGCUUGUUCGGAUCGCCCGCUGCUACCACUACUGCCACCACAAGUUCAAGCGGUCUGUUUGGAGCACCUGCCACUACGGCUACCACAAGUUCAGGCAGUGUGUUUGGAGCGCCCACUACCACGAGCUCGGGCGGCUUGUUUGGUGGAUCCACGUCGACCGCCACCAAAAGCUCGGGUGGUUUGUUCGGCGCACCUGCCUCUACCGCUACGACCACUUCUGGGAGCGUGUUCGGGACGCCCAGCUCCACGGCUACUUCUGGCAGUGUGUUCGGAGCGGCGACCAGCGGCGGCAGUAUAUUCGGCUCCCAGCCUUCCUCGGCGGCUGGAACCACCGCCUCCUCCGCCUCGACAGGCGGCAGUGUGUUCGGAAAACCAGCUGCCACCAGCCCGUUCGGAGCCGCCACAGCGGCCACGGGUAGCGUCUUCGGUGCAGGGUCAACCCCCAGUGUGUUUGGCAGUGGAACGGCAACAUCGCCCACCUCCAGUGGCAGUAUCUUCGGAGGAGGCGCCGCCACCAGCCCCGCGUCCACCGGGAGUAUCUUCGGCGGGGGCACCGCCACCAGCUCAUCGGGUGGAAGCAUCUUCGGCGGGGGCAGCGCUGCCACGAGCGCGGGCACCGGCAGCAUCUUUGGCGGAGGUGGGACGGCCACUACCUCCUCCAGCAGCAUAUUCGGCGGCGGCGCGGCUCCCACGAAGAGUCUGUUCGGCGGCGCGGCCUCGAGUCCGUCGGGCAGUGUUUUCGGGGGCGGCGCAGCCUCCUCCGGCGGUAGUGUGUUCGGGGGCCCCAGCUCCGCUCCGGCGACUGGCAGUGUGUUCGGCGGCGGCGCGGCCUCCAGCUCGUUCGGAGGCGGUGGAACGAGUGUGUUCGGCUCCACGGCGCCGGCGGCCAGCACCGGCAGCGUCUUCGGAGGAGCAGCAGCUGGCGGUAGCGCCGGCGGCGCUGGAUUCGGCGGAUUCGGUCUCGGCGGGAAGCCAUCUCCGGAGAAUGCCAACAGAAACGUGUUCGGCGGGGGCACCACGUUCGGCCAGGGCGGCGGCGCCAGCUCUCUGUUCGGCGGCGGCGGCGUAUCGUCCCCCGUCAGCUCCGCGGCCGCCUCGCCCGGUCUGGGCUCGCCGUCCCGGGCGGGCGCCGGUGCGUUCGGCGCAGCACCGACCUUCGGCUCCAGUCCCGGUCUCGGCGGCGCCAGCGCGUUCGGCGCUGCCCCAACCUUCGGCGCAGCGGGCGGCUUCGGCGCGGCGGCGGCGGCGGCGGCCAUGCCGACGUUCGGACAGGCGGCCGCGGCGGCGCCGGCGACCGGAGGAUUCGCCAGUUUCGCGGCGGCCGACGCUCCGUCGUUCGGCGCCGUGGCCAACCAGGGUUCGCCGGCGUUCGGAGCCGGCACUCCGCAGGCGGCAACACCCGCCUUCGGAAGUGGCGGCGCCAAUUUCGGCUCGUGGAGAUCAUGAGCGGACGUCUAAGGUCUGAUGCGGCCGGAGUCUGCGGCGGAGCACCAGAGCGGCAUUCCAUGUGUGUCUGCCAGGCGGGGGCUGCCCGUCGAGCGAGCGGUGCCGACCGCAGGCCCCGCUGCGACCAUCAGCCAUUGAGAGUACCGUGACUAUUUACCGGCUUUGGGAGAAAUACAUACGCGUUUGUUGA